AUGUUUUGCACGAUCGGCGAUCACUCUCAUCUUAUCACUGUCUAUCUCACUCUCUCGUUGUUCAUCUCAUCGCACCGAUCGUCUCACUCUCUCAUCGCACCGAUCUACUCACGGGCGGAUGUUGAAAUGGAGAUAGCAGCAGGACAACCGAAGAAGAGGACAUUCAAGAAGUUCAGUUUCAGGGGCGUCGAUUUGGACGCUUUGCUCGAUAUGUCCACAGAUGAGCUUGUUAAGCUCUUUACCGCUCGAGCUCGCAGAAGGUUUCAGAGAGGUCUGAAGAGGAAGCCCAUGGCCUUGAUCAAGAAACUCCGCAAAGCGUUACUGCCAUACCAGAGUCUAAUGUCUAUGGUCAAGCAGCAUCGAAUUUGGUUGCUGGAAGUAACCUUGAUGGAGCGGUCCGGCAAAUUCUUGAUAUGGGUGGAGGGACUUGGGAUAGGGAUACUGUUGUUCGAGCUCUUCGUGCUGCUUACAACCCAGAGAGAGCUGUUGAAUAUUUAUAUUCUGUCAGCGUCUUUACUUGUAUUUGAUCUCUUUUGUGAAUUUAUUUUUCAAAUGGGAAGUGCAGAAGCAUGACGAAAAUUUUUGUUUUUGAUUUACGUUAUUUAGAUUUGUGAACAACAUUAUGUAUUGGAUAAUUUUGUUGAUGUAUUGUUAUGAAUGGAAGAAUAUUUUAAUUAUGGAUGAA